GCGAAAGUGUUUCUUUAGGCGUGUCCUCCCGUGAUCCUCGUCGAAAAAGGCUUUCGUUUUCAUGAUCAUUUAUGAUAUAAUGACAGUUUUGUCUAAUUUUAAUACAUGAUGGACAUUACCUGUAUUUUUAUGUCUAUACUUGUGAUUGUCGCUGAUGGGUUCAUUGUGCACGGUCCCGCUGGCCCUCUGGUUGCUCCUCUGGGCUCUUCAGUGGUUUUGCCCUGUUAUGUUGAUGAACUCUUACUAAUGGAGGGUCUGGAGGUGGAAUGGAGAAGAACAGACUCACAGACUCUGGUUCAUCUGUUUCUGGAUGGUGAGAGUCGACCAGAGGCCCAGCAGCAGGAUUAUCAUGAUAGAGCUCAUUUCUUUACUGAUCAGAUCCAACAUGGAAACUUCUCUCUCCGUCUGGACAAUCUGAGAGCUGAAGAUGAGGGAGAAUAUACAUGUAAAGUUUACAGUCAGCAGGAUUCUGGAGAGACUGUGGUUCAGAUAAAACAUGCUGAGCGUUUGCUAGUAUCAGGAUCAGAUGAGUCUGUUUCUGCAUAUGAUGGUGAGGACGUCACUCUGAGCUGCUCUGUAGACUCUUACAUCCCAAUCGAAGACAUUGAGGUUUCAUGGAUAAGGACGGAUGGAGAUAUUUUGGUUCUGCUCUUCCAAAACAAUGAGACUUUAUCAGAUGCAUCAGAUGAACAAUACAGAGACAGAGUUGAGUUCUUCACUGCUGAGAUCCCCAAAGGAAACUUCUCUCUCAGACUGAAGAGUGUCAGAACUGAGGAUAAAGGAGUUUACAUGUGUUUAGUGUUUGCUGGAGAUCUUUCAGCCAAUGCAACUGUAGUACUGGAGCAACUGGGUUUCUCUUCUUGGCACAUAGCUGUGUUAUUUUUCUGUUUUGCUGCUGGAUGUGGAGCUGUGCUUCUGCUCUGCUGUCUGGUCUACUGCAGAUCAAAUAACACUGUCACCAGCAGCAUAAUCUGGAAUCUUCAGCUUUCUCUGGUCUUUUAUCCAAACAUCUGUAUGUUCUUUGCCUUCAUGCUUUGGGGCUUUACUGAAGGAUCUCUGCAUGAGACUGUCCCCUGCUGUGCUCUUUAUAUUCUGAGGCCUGUUAUGUUGAUUUGGGCUUUGCGCUAUUUGAAGUAUUUUCAAGACAAUCAUAAAUCAUGGAUCAGGUUUUUCAGAAUAACAAGAGAACUUGCUGUUCUUACAGUCAUUGUUUAUUCAGUUAUUUUUGCAUAUGGCUGGAGAAUUAGUGCACAUGAUACAAACUAUGUACGCCGUAUAUUCUUAGGAAUGUGCUUUGGAUUUAUUGUGCUGUUCUGUAUCAUCCUGAGUGGAGUAAUCUACGCCCCUGUUCUGAAGAUAACAGUGGUCGUUGAAAACCGUGUGCUGAAACGUAUGUUGAAAGAGGCAGAACGUUCAAGAGUCCAGAGACGACGACGACAGACUGAGACGAGUCAACAAGGAUCAAAUACAUUGCCUCGCUGUAAUGAAAUCAUGUACAUGUUUGGAGCAGUUGGUCUUGUUUUGUUGAACUCUGUUACACUGACAGCAGAACUGAUCCUGAAAGCACGGAAUGGUGAGCGUGUCAUGAGGGAUAUGAGAGUCAUUGUCUUCCCUUCUGAAAGUGUUUUUGUCUUGUAUUGGCUGAUUUUACAAAUGCAUGCUUUCUUGAGGAUUGUUACAGCUGGGUAA